AUGUUCUGCUCACAGUGUGGGAAGAGCUUCAGGUUCCUGAGUCAUCUCAAAAUACACCAGCGCAUUCACACAGGAAAGAAACCAUAUCAGUGCUCACAGUGUGGGAAGAGCUUCAGUACCCAGGGUGCUCUCAAAAUACACCAGCACAUUCACACAGGAAAAAAAACAUAUCAGUGCUCACAACGUGGAAAGAGUUUAAAUACACAGAGUUAUCUAAAAAAACACCAGCGCAUUCACACUGGAAAGAAACCAAAUCAGUGCUCACAGUGUGGGAAGAACUUCAGGUGCCUGAGUGCUCUCAAGAUACACCAGCGCAUUCACACAGGAGAGAAACCGUAUCAGUGCUCACAAUGUGGGAAGAGUUUUAAUACACAGGGUAAUCUGAAAAAACACCAGCACAUUCACACUGGAGAGAAACCGUAUCAGUGCUCACAGUGUGGAAAGAGUUUUAAUAUACAGGGUGAUCUCAAAAAACACCAGCGCAUUCACACUGGAGAGAAACCGUAUCAGUGUGCUGAGUGUGGGAAGAGUUUUAAUACGCAGGGUAAUCUCAAACAACACCAGCGCAUUCACACAGGACAGAAGCCGUAUCACUGCCCAGAGUGUGGAAAGAGUUUUGCUCAACAGGGUACCCUUCAAAAACACCAGCGCAUUCAUACAGGAGAGAAGCCAUAUCACUGUUCAGAGUGUGGAAAGAGUUUCAAUCAAAGUAGUGCCCUUAAAGUACACCAACGUAUUCACACAGGAGAGAAACCGUAUAACUGCACGGAGUGUGGAAAGAGUUUUACUCAAAGUAGUGCCCUUAAAGUACACCAGCGUAUUCACACUGGAGGAAAGCCGUAUCACUGCUCAGAGUGUGGAAAGAGUUUUGCUCAACAGGGUAACCUUCAAAAACACCAGCGUAUUCACACAGGAGAGAAACCGUAUCACUGCUCAGAGUGUGGAAAGAGUUUUACUCAAAGUAGUGCCCUUAAAGUACACCAGCGUAUUCACACAGGAGAGAAACCAUAUCACUGCUCAGUGUGUGGAAAGAGUUUUGCUCAACAGGGUAACCUUCAAAAACACCAGCGUAUUCACACAGGAGAGAAACCGUAUCACUGCUCAGAGUGUGGAAAGAGUUUUACUCAAAGUAGUGCCCUUAAAGUACACCAGCGUAUUCACACAGGAGAGAAACCAUAUCACUGCUCAGAGUGUGAAAAGAGUUUUGCUGAACAUGGUACCCUUCAAAAACACCAGCGUAUUCACACAGGAGAGAAACCGUAUCACUGCUCAGAGUGUGGAAAGAGUUUUGCUCAACAGGGUAACCUUCAAAAACACCAGCGUAUUCACACAGGAGAGAAACCGUAUCACUGCUCAGAGUGUGGAAAGAGUUUUACUCAAAGUAGUGCCCUUAAAGUACACCAGCGUAUUCACACAGGAGAGAAACCAUAUCACUGCUCAGUGUGUGGAAAGAUUUUUACUCAUGAAAAUAAUCUCAAACAACACCAGCGCAUUCACACAGUAGAGAAACCGUAUCAGUGCGCACAGUGUGGGAAGAGUUUUAAUACACAGAGUAAUCUUGAAGUACACCAGCACAUUCACACUGGAGAGAAACCGUAUCAGUGCUCACAGUGUGGAAAGCAUUUUAAUAGACAGAGUCAUCUCAAAAUACACCAGCGCAUUCACACUGGAGAGAAACCGUAUCAGUGCUCACAGUGUGGAAAGAGUUUUAAUAGACAGUGUCAUCUCAAAACACACCAGCACAUUCACACUGGAGAGAAACCGUAUCAGUGCUCACAGUGUGGAAAGCAUUUUAAUAGACAGAGUCAUCUCAAAAGACACCAGCGCAUUCACACUGAAGAGAAACCGUAUCAGUGCUCACAGUGUGGAAAGAGUUUUAAUGGACAGAGUUGUCUCAAAAGACACCAGCGCAUUCACACUGGAGAGAAACCGUAUCAGUGCUCACAGUGUGGAAAGAGUUUUAAUGGACGGAGUCAUCUCAAAAGACACCAGCGCAUUCACACUGGAGAAAAACUGUAUCAGUGCUCACAGUGUGGAAAGAGUUUUAAUGGACAGAGUGCUCUGAAGAGACACCAGCACAUUCACACUGGAGAGAAUCCAUAUCAGUGCUCACAGUGUGGAAAGAGUUUUAAUAGACAGACUAAUCUCAAAAUACACCAGCGCAUUCACACUGGAGUAAAACCAUAUCAGUGCUCACAGUGUGGAAAGAGUUUUAAUCGAAAGAGUGCUCUCAAUACACACAAGCGCAUUCACACUGGAGAGAAACCGUAUCAGUGCUCACAGUGUGGAAAGAGUUUUAAUGGACAGAGUGAUCUGAAAAGACACCAGCACAUUCACACUGGAGAGAAACCAUAUCAGUGCUCACAGUGUGGAAAGAGUUUUAAUCAACAGAGUGCUCUCAAAACACACAAGCGCAUUCACACUGGAGAGAAACCGUAUCAGUGCUCACAGUGUGGAAAGAGUUUUAAUGGACAGAGUGAUCUGAAAAGACACCAGAACAUUCACACGGGAGAGAAACCGUAUCAGUGCUCACAGUGUGGAAAGAGUUUUAAUAUACCGAGUCAUCUCAAAAUACACCAGCGCAUUCACACUGGAGAGAAACCAUAUCAGUGCUCACAGUGUGGGAAGAGUUUUAAUCGACAGAGUAAUCUCAAAAUACACCAGCGCAUUCACACUGGAGAGAAACCAUAUCAGUGCUCACAGUGUGAGAAGAGUUUUUAUACACAGAGUAAUCUCAAAAUACACCAGCGCAUUCACACUGGAGAGAAACCAUAUCAGUGCUCACGGUGUGAGAAGAGUUUCAAUACACAGAGUGAUCUAAAAAAACACCAGUGCAUUCACGCUGGAGAGAAACCAUAUCAGUGCUCACAGUGUGGGAAGAGUUUUAAUUAUCAAAGUCCUCUCAAAAAACACCAGUGCAUUCACACUGGAGAGAAACCAUAUCAGUGCUCACAGUGUGGGAAGAGUUUUAAUCAACUGAGUCAUUUUAAAAGACACCAGCGCAUUCACACUGGAGAGAAAUCGUAUCAGUGCUCACAGUGUGGUAAGAGUUUUAAUACACAGAGUGAUCUCAAAAUACACCAGCGCAUUCACACUGGAGAGAAACCAUAUCAGUGCUCACAGUGUGGGAAGAGUUUUAAUCGACAGAGUAAUCUCAAAAUACACCAGCGCAUUCACACUGGAGAGAAACCAUAUCAUUGCUCACAGUGUGAGAAGAGUUUUUAUACACAGAGUAAUCUUAAAAUACACCAGCGCAUUCACACUGGAGAGAAACCAUAUCAGUGCUCACAGUGUGAGAAGAGUUUUUAUACACAGAGUGAUCUCAAAAUACACCAGCGCAUUCACACUGGAGAGAAACCGUAUCAGUGCUCACAGUGUGAAAAAAGUUUCAAUACACAGAUUGAUCUAAAAAAACACCAGCGCAUUCACACUGGAGAGAAACCAUAUCAGUGCUCACAGUGUGGGAUGAGUUUUAAUCAACUGGGUCAUUUUAAAAGACACCAGCGCAUUCACACUGGAGAGAAACCAUAUCAGUGCUUACAGUGUGGGAAGAGUUUUAAUCAACUGGGUCAUUUUAAAAGACACCAGCGCAUUCACACUGGAGAGAAACCAUAUCAGUGCUUACAGUGUGGGAAGAGUUUUAAUCAACUGGGUCAUUUUAAAAGACACCAGCGCAUUCACACUGGAGAGAAACCAUAUCAGUGCUUACAGUGUGGGAAGAGUUUUAAUCAACUGGGUCAUUUUAAAAUACACCAGCGCAUUCACACUGGAGAGAAACCGUAUCAGUGCUCACAGUGUGGGAAGAGUUUCAAUGGACAGAGUGAUCUGAAAAGACACCAGCGCAUUCACACUGGAGAGAAAUCAUAUCAGUGCUCACAGUGUGGAAGGAGUUUUAAUCAUCAAAGUCCUCUCAAAAUACACCAGUGCAUUCACACUGGAGAGAAACCAUAGCAUUGCUCUUAGUGUGGGAAGAGUUUUAUUACACAAAGUAAUUUUAAAACGUAUCUGAUUGUAAAAGUGAAAUCUUAAUAUCACUAACAUAAUAACAGAACAAAAUCUAAAUACUGAUUAUAUAGAUUAAACAGCUCUAAUACACAGAAAUCAAUACAUGUGUAAUUUAAAGCAUGCAGUACAAAUGUUCUUUAGCUUUGUGUUCAGAAUAUUGGUAUAACAUCAUUUUUAACACUAUAUCUCCAACACAGUAUUAAAAUAAAAAUGAUACAUAACUGGUAGACUUACCCAGACAGUCUGUCUGAGGAUUUUAUUCAUAGACGUUACAACAUGUUGGAUUGUCUUUGCUAGAAUUCACUUAGCUUAGUUCUUUUCCAAAUUGGAUAGAUCUGAGAUAAGCACUAGGUAGUAGGGGUCCUUUAAAUGCAUGAAGGCCUCAGCAUGAAAUUAUACAGAUAAAGAGAGAAAAAUAAAGAAUAAUUCAUGGAAUAGUCCAGUGGUUCUCAAACUGUGGUAUGCGUACCACUGGUGGUACGUGAAGCAGCACGAGGUGGUACGCCAGAUAUUCUCGGAAAAGUAAUUACAUGCACCGAAAAAAUAAAUCAUUUAAUAAUUAUAAAUAAAAAAAUAUGAAACA